UCAAGCGGCUCAAAGAUUUGUCCCGCAAGAGAGAAAUACUGAAAUAAAUAAAACAGAGAGGAGGAAAAAUUACGUUAUUAAGGAAAGAAAAUAAAGAAAAGAAGAGAGAAAAGUCCCUUUUUUUUUUUUGGGUCGAAGAGAGAGAAGUCUUUGGCUUUGUGGGUUUGGUUGGAUCUAAAGAAGACGGAGACCGGUCCACAGAGAAACGAGAGAGGCGAGAAGAAGAUCAACAUCUCCUUUGCUGUUGCUUAACAAACGUUUAAGCAUUUGAUUAUAAAAAUGACGUAUUUUCGUUGUUCUGGUCGUCGUCCUCCUCCUCUCGAUCCUUCUCUUUGGAUUCCCUUAAGUUCCCCGUCUAGGUAAUUACCCACGGCCUGCUCUUGGUUUUUUCUGGGCGUUUGGCUUAUGUGCUCUUAGUACCCAACUAUAGUGUCACUCGGGAUCUAGACUCGGAUGUCAACUUCACUCCAACUGGUACAUUAUAUUUGCAUUUGCUAUUUGUUAUGCAUAUUUGCUUUCGUAAAUUUCUCAACUGUGUCAUAUUAUGUGAUUGAUUGAUGUUGUUGGGUAUGUUGAGAUUUCAUCCCUUUCUUUGCAACUCUUCGAAUUAGCCCUAAUAAAAAGGCCACCAACAGCAUAAGAAAAUGGUGUUUAGUCGAAUUGCCAAUAUAAUUUCUUCUGCAUCAAGUCGUUGGUCUAAUCCUCAGGGUUCCACUGUAUCUUCUCCUCCCAAAACGUGUGCCCAUGCUUUUGCCUUUGCCAAUCCUGCACGCAAUAAGAACCAUCUUCGACUCUCAUCAUCUCUCCAGGAUUUCUCCUCUUAUCAUCAUCAGCUCGAUCCUGAAGAUCCCCAUCCCAGCAUUGUUGCCCAUUCCGAAAACCCUCAUUCCUUAGAGAGAGAAACUGCUGCCUCCAGCUUCUCAAAGGAGAAAGGACUGCCAGGAGGAGGAAUCCUACCUGCCUGCAACAAGUUGGUUCGAGCCCUCAUGCUUCUGUGUUGUAUCUUGUUGUUCGGUUUUCUAAUUUAUUUGGUUUCCAUCUUCAUUUAUUCUUAUUGGUCUAAAGGAACUCCCAAAUUUUAUAUUGUGCUUGAUUGUGGAAGUACUGGAACUCGAGUUUAUGUAUAUCAAGCAUCCUUUGAUAAUGCGAAAGAUGGCACUUUUCCUAUUGCCAUGAAGUCAUUAACUGAAGGUCUUGAAAGAAAACCUAAUUCACACACUGGUCGAGCUUAUGAUCGAAUGGAAUCUGAGCCUGGGCUUGACAAGUUGGUUCAUAACAUUUCGGGCUUGAAGGCUGCAAUAAAACCACUUAUUCGAUGGGCAGAGAAGCAAAUCCCAGAGAAGGCACAUAAAACAACCUCGCUUUUCCUUUAUGCUACUGCAGGGGUGCGCAGACUGCCGAGUGUCGAUUCAAAGUGGCUUCUAGACAAUGCAUGGUCUAUACUCAAGAAUUCACCUUUCUUGUGCCAAAGAGACUGGGUUAAGAUUAUCAGUGGCCUAGAAGAAGCUUACUUUGGUUGGAUAGCCCUCAACCAUCAUACGGGCAUGCUGGGGGCCAAACCAAGAAAGCCAACAUUUGGUGCACUUGACUUGGGUGGUUCAUCGCUGCAGGUUACCUUUGAGAGUAAUGAACAUGUGCAUAACGAGACCAGUUUAAACCUUAGAAUUGGGGCUGUGAACCAUCAUCUCACUGCAUAUUCUCUCCCGAGCUACGGUUUAAAUGAUGCAUUCGACAAGUCUGUGGUUCAUCUUUUGGAGAAGCUUCCAGAAAUCACCAAGGCAGAACUAGUAAACGGGAAGGGAAAACUUAGGCACCCCUGCUUGCAGUCCGGAUACAAGGAGAAAUAUGUUUGUUCUGAAUGUGUUUCUAAAUUCCAAGAAGGUGGAAGCCCUGUGAUUGCAAAAAAGAGUUUGGGCAAAGGGGGAAGAUCAGGGAUUUCUGUGAUGCUUAGUGGUGCUCCAAAUUGGGAUGAAUGCAGUAAACUUGCAAGAAUUGCUGUCAAUUGGUCGGAAUGGUCCAAUAUAAACCCAGGAAUUGAUUGCGACUUGCAACCUUGUGCUCUUCCCGAUGGUCUACCCCGUCCUUAUGGGAAAUUCUUUGCGAUUUCUGGAUUUUUUGUGGUUUAUCGGUUUUUCAAUUUGACUUCAGAGGCAUCGCUUGAUGAUGUAUUGGAAAAGGGUCGGGAAUUUUGCGAAAGAACUUGGGAAGUUGCAAAGAACAGUGUUGCUCCUCAGCCCUUCAUUGAACAGUACUGCUUUAGAGCACCAUAUAUUGUAUUCUUGUUGAGAGAGGGCUUGCACAUUACAGAUAAUAAAGUUAUAAUUGGGUCUGGAAGAAUUACAUGGACACUUGGGGUUGCUCUGUUGGAAGCUGGGAAGGCACUUUCAACCAGAUUGGGCCUUCGCAGUUAUGAAAUAUUCCAGAUCAAGAUCAACCCAAUAUUUUUUAUUGCAGUUCUGUUUAUUUCGUUGCUUUUCCUCCUUUGUGCGUUAUCAUGUGUUGGAAAUUGGAUGCCAAAAUUUUUCUGGAGGUCAUAUCUCCCACUGUUUAGGACUAAUGGUGCAUCUUCUGCAUCCGUUCUGAGUAUUCCAUCGCCUUUUCGAUUCCAGCGCUGGAGUCCUAUUAGCCCUGGGGAUGGAAGAGUAAAGAUGCCUCUAAGUCCAACAAUUGCUGGUGGUCCGCAACGGAGACCAUUUGGCUUGGGGGAUAGUCUCAACAGUGGCAGUGGCAGUGGCAUCCAGUUAAUGGAGUCUUCCUUAUACCCAUCCACUAGCAGUAUGUCCCAUAGUUAUUCCUCAAAUAAUCUGGGCCAGAUGCAAUUUGACAGCAGUAGCAUGGGUUCCUUUUGGUCUCCUCACAGAUCUCAGAUGCGUCUUCAAAGCAGGCGAUCACAAUCUCGGGAAGACCUCAAUUCAUCGCUGGCUGAGGCACACAUGGUGAAAGUUUAAGGGAUGCUCAUCUGCAUAUUUUGGCGAAUUUUCCUGUUCCCCUUUGGCAGAAGGGGAAUUCACCUGUUAACAAGGCCGUAUUUCCUUGGGAUUUGGGUCAUGUUCACUGCUAUCCCAGUGAUUGUGAAAUUAUUUUUUGUGACAUCAAUCUUAUUGGACUAUCUUUUCACUCCCAAACAUCUUCAACUAUUACAUUCAAUCGGGGGAGAUACGCUGAGCUAAUACACGAGGCACCUGCCUGAUCGGAUCAGACAUCCAACUAUCAUAAGUUUUCAACACCAUACAUAUGAUAUUAGUAGAGGAGUCUUUUAUUGAAAUUAGCAGUCAAUUAACACAGAAUUUUCCUCCUCCAUGGGUUAGCAAAUGUUGACAUGAAAAGUGAUGACAGAUGAUUGCAGCAAUUAUAGUAAGAUAUACAAGUCCUCUCCUAUACAACCACUUACUGUUUAAAUAGUUGUAUACAUACUUUUAUUCUUUAAAUAGUCUCAACUUUAAAUUUCAACAUUAAUAUCGAAGGAAUGAAGAGAGAACCAAAA